GCGUCAAUCAUAUCAUGUUGAAGAUGAACGGGUGGCCGCGACACAGCCAAAAUAAAAGCCGGAACCUGAGGAGAGAGUGUUCCAGAAGGAAGUGUAUCUUCAUACAUCACCAUACCUGAAAAUAGAACCCAGUCCAACUACAGACAUGGCAGCUGAGUCCCUGCCUUUCACCUUGGACACAGUGUCCAGCUGGGAGCUGGAAGCCUGGUAUGAGG